AUGGCUGCAGAUUUGAUGCGGCUGGUCGCGACUUGGCUGAGAUGCCGGAGAAUUCCUGGCGCCAAAGAGGACGGCUAUCACACCAUGCUUUGGCGCGUUCAUCUCGUCCGCCAGCUGAAGCGGGGCAAGAGCAAGAAGCAAGACAAGCCCCUGGCCACUGUGCUGAAGGACUUCUUCGAUGUGAGUCACCUCGGAGACGAGUCGAAUCAGUUCGGCUGGCCAAAUGUCCGCAUUCCAGAUCCUGCGACUGGCAGGCGUUUCCCAGAUCCCUGCUUGUCUGAUGGCAGGAAAGUCUGGCUAGCAUACGAGUGGAACAGAGCGUGGUCAAUAGUAGAUAAGCUGAAGGACACCACGUCCGAGGAUAAUCUGGUACAGGAACUCUUUGCGAAGGACGCGCCCGUGGCCUGCAAGGAGGGGCAUCAGGCUUGGCUCAUGCUCCAUCCCAAGCAUGAGGGACAGGUGACAUUUGUCAAGCUGCCGGGCGAUCCUCCGAAGUGGUGUGACGGGCGCCCGUAUGUAGGUUGCCAGCUGGCACCUUCUGCUGAGCACCGGCACGAGGGCAGAAGAACCAUGGUCGAAUGUAAAGACGAUAUUGAGGUGCGAGGUAGCCUCCUCAUUUGUCAAGUUUCUUUGCAUCGAGCCAGCUCGGACCAUACCUCGCUACAAAUUCCGGAAGUCGACUUUCAGAAGAAAGAUGUGAUUCAACACAUGCUUUCUGAGCAGGCAGGACUUGCUUUGCAGCAUUGGUGUUUGUUGUUCGAUGUCAUGAUGAUGCAGAAGAAGAGCAAAAACACGGAUCGCUGGACCGGUUCAAAUACUUUAGCAGCCCGGAACACUGGCAAGAGCCGCUGUCGUCACCUUCUUCAUGGGUGGCUGCACGUGGAAAAUGUGCUUGCAGCUCCCUUGUUCUAUGACCUGAACGGUGCAAAUAGCAAGACAUACGGGAAGCAUGCGCUGAAGCGGCGAGGAGCACUUUAUAGGGUCCUGGAAGAGGUGCCUGCACAGGAAUGGGACAAGAUCCUGAGCUGCUAUAACAUCAUCCCAGCAUCGAAGAAGUGCACAGACCAGCAAUGGUCCAGCAGGUUUGGGCAAGUCUUCAUGGCAGUUCUGCAAUACGGGGCCACCUGCCACAUCAUCGUGGAUUGGCAAAUUUACCACAACACAAAUGAAAGCAGAUCCAAAUCCUACCACAAAGACAUCUUGAAAGGAUGCUUUAUUGAAGCUCUGCUCUACCACUGCAAUAACAUUGAGGGCUUUGCUGACACAGAUGUGGUAUGCUUGGCUUUCCCUGUGGAGAGCCAACUCUUCCUCAACGAGAUUUUGCCAGACUGUGAAGAGACCGAUGCGUCGAAGUUUGGCGGUAUGUGGUUAUAUAAGCAUGGCUUUGUCUUGAAAGCUGGAACCCGAGCGUACUUCAGGAAGCAAGCACAGGCCUUGAAGAUCAACACCACCCCGCUGAAGCUCCAGGACGUGAAGCUCCUCGACAAAAGUCUUGCCAUUUUGAAGCCCGAGGCGCCUGAGGGCUACCUGGUGCUCAUCUCCUGUGCGACUUCUGAGAAGCAUGCUUCCUCUUACAACGGCCGCGCUGCUGUCCUGCGCAGCUUGCAUCCAGAGGAGUCCUUUUACAUGGCGCGCAUGGUGCACGGCUCUCGACUGAUCCAGAUUCGACCAGAUUGGGUAUCCUACUUCGGCGAGCAUCACUGCCUGCUGGACUGGGCCAGACUUCACAAGUUGCCGGAGGCGGAAGUCUCCCACAGUGUUGUGAACAUGUUGAAAGACAUGGCCUUGGUCCAGGUCGGCUCCAAAUCUCGUAAGCCCAAGGCUGUGGACACAUCGAUCACCUUUACUUUCCAGGAGCUGAGGAAGCAAAUGGCCAAUCUCUUCAUUCAUGCUGUCCGUGCAGGUGAUAAGAAUGAGGCUUCUGAGGAACAACUCCUAGCCUUAGUGGUUCCUGGUGAUGGCAGCAACAUUUUUGCAGUCCGCCCUGAUGACCUAAUGGUGACCAAAUGUGUCCCGGCCGAGAUCCAUCCAUCCAGUACAAAAGAGGCAGAAAGUCGGACGGUAAAGCUUUUCAAAUGCCCGAGCGAGCGCGUGCGGUCAGAGAGGAUUCAGAAGUGGGAACAGAAAGCAGCUGAACGUUUAUCUGGGGCGAGUACGCUGUCAACAAUAAUUGAGUGCAGAACGGAGUGCAGUGAAGAUGGCAUUACAAAUUUGGACGACCCUGAGGUGCAUUCAUGA